AUGGGUCUCUGAGGGAUGGCAGCUUUUCACCACCACCAUCACUACCAUCCGAGCGCGGACCUGCGGCGGCUCUUCCACCGCCUCACCAUCGCUUCGUCUCUGAGCAUCCUCUGCUUCUCCCUGGUCUAUCUGCUCACUGGAUGCUGCGAGUCGGAUCUGACAGAGAACUCCGAGAUCCAGACACCUGCACGCGAAUUGGUCGCGUCCGGGUCGGGAUGGCCGUACGAGAGGAACGGAACCGGCUUUGCCCACGAGGGUGCCACCGCUGUUGGCGAAGGCGCGUUCAGUGGACACCCCGGGCUGGAGACGAACAGCUCGGGCAAAGAAUGGACAGCUUCUCGGAGGUUACCCCAGGCGAUGAUCAUAGGGGUUAAAAAAGGAGGCACCAGGGCUCUGCUGGAGUUUCUGCGGCUCCACCCGGACAUCCGCGCCCUGGGGUCGGAGCCGCACUUCUUCGACCGGCAUUACGCACGGGGACUGGACUGGUACAGAAGUAUGAUGCCCAAAGCCCUGGAAGGCCAGAUUGUCAUGGAGAAGACACCUCGCUACUUUGUCACCGUGGAAACGCCAGAACGAGUCCACUCCAUGUCGCAGGAUGUGAAGCUGAUAGUGGUCGUCCGUGACCCCGUGACCCGAGCCAUAUCUGACUACACCCAGAUCAUCUCCAAGACGCCCGACAUCCCUCCAUUUGAGAGCCUCGCCUUCAAGAACCGCAGCACAGGUCAGAUCGACUCUCUGUGGAGCCCGCUGUGGAUCGGCCUGUAUGCCCAGCACCUGGAGCGUUGGCUGGCAUGGUUCCCCAGGACCCAGAUCCAUCUGGUCAGCGGGGAGAGGCUCAUCUCCGACCCCGCGGGAGAAGUGGGCAAAGUGCAGGACUUUCUGGGCCUCCAGAGGAUCGUCACGGACAAGCACUUCUACUUCAACAAAACGAAAGGCUUCCCCUGCCUGAAGAAGCCGGAGGGCAGCAGCAAACCUCACUGCCUGGGCAAGACGAAAGGGAGGAUGCACGCCUCCAUCGACCCGGAGGUGUUGCAGAGACUGAGGGAUUUCUACAAGCCACACAACCAGCGCUUCUAUCAGAUGGCGGGACAAGACUUUGGAUGGCAGUGACCAUUUGAUUGUGUGGCACCAGUGGCUUUUGCACUGUUUUGAUUAGAAGUGUGAAUCUUCCAUCUGACUGACACAGAUGCAAAGACUCAGAGAACAAAAGAUCCAGAAAACACAGAAAGGUUACCGCCACUGACCAGCAGAGCUGCAUCUGUGACGAUGAGAAAAACCCGGUUUCAAUGCACUUCACCUCGACCAAUCAAUCGUUUUGUGCAAGUGAUUUAGCGUCAUUUUAAAUAUCAUAGAUGUUCAGUAAAACACGUGAUUGCACUAAGAGUUUGUGGUACGUAACAAGCAUCUCUCAUCCUUCCGCCCCAGAUGGUCAAGUAAAGCAUCUAUGUGCAAGUUGGUCAUGACGUUGUGGUUGCUGUGGGUUGCAUAUUAUAAAGUUGGUUGGUGAAAUAUACAGUGUAGCUUUUAGCGUCUCUGGUCUGCAGUUUAAUCCUGUAGUUGGUAGGCUGUAGUGACACAACAAACCCAGAGCAGACAAUGCUUCGUUCCACAUUCCUGAAUCCCCAUAACUUUUCUUUUUCUACAUGUUUGUUCUUCAGUCUCACUGGUUAAGAAUUUAAGAGCAAUCAAUGCAUACAUAUUGAGUGUCGUCCUCCAAGCGUUGUUCCCGAAAAAGCGGGAAUGAAUCUUUUAUGUGGUGAGCAGCAGAGGGGUGAGUGAGAGAAUCUUUAUAUGAGCUCAGAUUUGACUGAGUGGUUUUGUAUUCCUGAAUAAUGAAUGUGGAUAAAUGGAUGUAGGGGAAAUGGUGUGGAUGACUUGCCUCCUCGCCGAGUGGCACAUUCGUGUGCCGAGGCUCAGGUUAGGAUUCUGACUGCAAAACCGCCCCACCGUGUAAAGGGACCACUGGAGGACAACCUAAACCAGAGCAGGUCAAAUCAGCGGGACAGGGACGACCUGUCAAUGGCCAUUUCUCUGGAUGUGAUAUGUGACGCUGUAGUGUGUUACUGUGAGGGCCAGU